UCUCCAGAACGCGAAGCAGCACUCACCUGGACGGCUAGACUUCGAGCUUCCGGCACAACUUCCAUCCUGCCACCGUCGCCGUCGCAACUUCCGACCAGCCAACGUCUGCCAGCUCUGUUCGCGCAGCCACUUCCCAUCGCGCAGCCAGCUCUGUUGAUCUUCGAAAACCGAAACCACCGCCAGCGCCACUUUCGGUCGCGCAGCCACUUCCCGCGGCGCCAGCUCUGUUCCAUACUUCCACCCCGUCAGCCGCUGUCUUGCCUCUUGCCAGCCACUUUCCCCGCCAGCUCUGCUUUUUUCCAGGCUUCCAGCUUCUAGCCCUAGGUAUUUGUUUUUUUCUUUGUAAUAAUAAUUGUUGAAUAAUUGAUUGCGAUAAGGAUCACUGCCGGAAACGAGCCUUUUCCCAUGUCUCCCGAACACAAAGCCAAUUGAGAUGAAAGCUUAUAUUUGCUCCUUUACUUCUGUUGUCGGCAUACUGGUCUUGGCCUUUAUUGAUUAGUGAUUAGCUCUGGUUCAUUAUUGAUUUUGUGUGUUGUGUUUUACUGUUUUGUUUUGUGAUUUAAUUGUACCUAGAUUGUGACUGUGUUGAUUAUUUGAUGGCAAUUAUUGCACUGUUUCUGACUAAUUAGUGAUUAGCUCAGUGCUCAAUUGUUCAUUUGUUCUUCACUUGUUCAUAUUUUUUUUUUUUUCGUUUUUUACGCUCUGUUUCUGUCUUUCGAAGGUCUGGUUGACUGGUUGUGUUGUUAAUUUUUGUUGAACGAUUAUUUGAUUGUUGGUUUACUCUGGUUCUGCUGCUGUUUAUUGAUUAUUGAUUAUUUUGAAGCUUUGUGCUGCUGUUUUUUGUAUUGUGAUUUUAAUUUACUAAUUAUUGAUUUUGAAUGUCUUGUGAUUGUUGAUUAGUGAUGUGUUGCUGACUUGUGUUUGUUUGACUGUUUUGUGAUUUACAUGUGCUUGGAUUGUGACUGCUUUGCUGAUUUAUUGAGUAACAUGAUGAAGGAGCAUUAAAGUGUCAAGUUUAGCUCUGGGUUAUUGUGAAAUCCUUUUGCUUUUCCUGAUUUGUUUUGAGUAUCUUCAAAUGAAUACAAUUUUGUUGUGAGAACGGAGACACCUCUCUUGAUUAGAAAUUUGUGGUAUGUUAGGUGGCAGGUUAGAAUUAGGUGGCAAUAGCUCUGAGCCUGUAGCUAUGGAAGAAUGAGGUUUCUGAACUUCUAAUUUGUGUUAAAUGAUAUGGAUUGUAUAGCUGCUACUUCGAGGAACCUUCAUUCUUUUUUUUUGGACCGAAUUAAUCGGUUGAACCAAUAAUUCAUCGGUUGAACCAGUGAUCCAGUAAUCCGGUAACCGAAUGGAUGAAUUUCAUGCAGUUUGGAGUUUGGUUACUUCACAAUUUACGCUCUGACACCGUCACACACAUUCCAAAUGCGCUUUCUCUCCAAAAAACUGUUGCUUGCUCAAAGAAACAGAAACUACUUCAUCAGCAUCAUCAACUCUCAUUAUUCCACUCUCACUUCACACUCUCUCAUCUCACUCUCUAACCGCAUCACCACUCUUCAUUCUCUUCUCCAAUUCCACGCCAUUGCCAUCACCACCGGCAACUCCACCAACCCCUUCAUCGCUUCCAAGCUCAUCUCUCUCUAUCACAACCCUUCUUCCUCCUCUGCCAUCUUCCUCUCCCUUCCUCCUUCCUCCGCCGACACCUUCCUCUGGAACUCCAUCAUCAAGUCUCAUUUUUCACGUGCCCAUUAUGCCCAUGCGCUUCAAUUUUACUCCCUUAUGCGGUGUUCUGAUGUUCUGCCCGAUCAUUUCACUGUCCCCAUGGUUGCUUCUUCAUAUGCCCACUUGAUGAUGGUUCAAGAUGGGACGAGCCUUCAUGGGUUGGUAUCAAAAUGUGGACUUUUUGGUUGUAAUUCAGCUGUGGGGUCUUCGUUUGUGUCCUUGUAUUCGAGGUGUGGACUAAUGAGGGAUGCAUGUUUGGUGUUUGAUGAAAUGCUUGUGAGAGAUGUUGUUGCUUGGACUGCGCUUGUGGUUGGGUUCGUGCACAAUGGGGAGAGUGAGAAGGGUUUGAGGUGUCUUCGUGAGAUGAUGCUUCAUGGGGUUGAUAGUGAGAGGCCUAACUCUAGGACAUUGGAGGGUGGGUUACUUGCUUGUGGGGAUCUUGGUGCUUUGUCUGAAGGAAGGUGUUUGCAUGGUUUUGUGGUGAAAACCGGGAUUGGAUGUGAACAAGUUGUGCAGUCAUCGCUUUUGUCUAUGUAUUGCAGGUGUGGGGUCCUGCAGGAAGCUUAUCAGUCAUUCUCUGAAGUGAUAAACAAAGAUCUGGUGUCUUGGACAUCAAUCAUUGGAGUUUAUGCAAGGUUUGGGAUGGUGAAUGAAUGUGUAUGGUUGUUUUGGAAAAUGCUAGAGAAUCAAGUAGACCCUGAUGGAAUUGUUUUAGGUUGCAUUCUUUCAGCCUUUGGUUAUUCGGUGAACGAAUAUGAAGCGAAAGCCUUUCAUGGAUUUAUCAUACGGAGACAUUAUAUACAUGAUGAUGUGGUUCAUAAUUCGUUGCUGUUUAUGUAUUGCAAGCUAGGGAUGUUAACUUUGGCAGAGAGGCUGUUCAACAAUUGCCAACAUAGCCCAGAGUGCUGGAAUUAUAUGGUUAAUGGCUAUGGUAGAAUCGGCAACAACACAAAGUGUGUUGAACUCUUUAGGGAGAUGCACUAUUUAGGUAUUGAUUCUGAAUCAACCAACAUAGUUUCAGCAAUUGGUUCCUGUGCCGAAUUAGGACAAACCAAUUUAGGAAGGUCGAUUCAUUGCAAUGCUGUAAAAGGUUUUAUGGAUGCCAAUGUAUUGGUUGCUAAUUCACUCAUACAGAUGUAUGGAAAAUGUGGUAAGAUGACCUACGCUUGGAAAGUAUUUAAAAGGUUGGAUAAGGAUGUUAUCUCUUGGAACACUAUGAUAUCAGCUCAUAUUCAUGUCAAGGAUUAUAAAGAGGCUACAAAUUUAUUUAACAAGAUGAUUAACGAAGGCCAUAAGCCCAAUACAGCAACUUUUGCAAUAGUUCUUUCAGCUUGUUCUCACAUUGCAUCUCUGGAGGAAGGAGAAAGAGUUCACCGCUACAUAAACGAAAGAGGUUUCGAGCUCAAUUUACCUCUUGGCACAGCUUUGGUUGAUAUGUAUGCUAAGUGUGGGAAGCUAGAAAAAUCAAGGCAGGUAUUUGACUCGAUGAAAGAAAAGGACAUAGUUUGUUGGAAUGCGAUGAUUUCGGGCUAUGGAAUGAAUGGAUAUGCAGAAUCUGCUCUGGAUAUAUUCAAGCAUAUGGAGAAAUCAAAUGUUAAGCCAAAUGGAGUUACCUUCCUUGGUCUUCUCUCUGCAUGUGCCCAUGCCGGGCUUGUCGAAGAAGGGAAACAUUUAUUUGCUAAGAUGCCAUGUUACUCUGUGGAACCAAAUUUGAAGCACCACACUUGUAUGAUAGAUAUUUUAGGAAGGUCGGGUAAUCUACAAGAUGCGGAAGCUCUGGUCCUGUCCAUGCCCAUUCAUCCAGAUGGGGGUGUGUGGGGAGCUUUGUUAAGUGCUUGUAAAACUUACAAUCAAGUUGAGAUGGGAAUAAGGGUUGCCAUGUAUGCUAUUGAAUCUGAACCAGAAAAUGAUGGAUAUUAUAUGAUGAUGGCCAAUAUGUAUAGCUCAAUUGGGAGGUGGGAAGAAGCAGAAAAUGUGAGAAGGACAAUGAAAGAGAGGUGUUCACUGGGAAAGAAAGCUGGUUGGAGUGUGCUGUAAGCUAAAUGGCUUGUUUUAUGUUCAAAAUUUCCUUUUAAUGGAGUCUAAUAUUUCAAAAUGUAAAAGGAACAUAAGGCGCCUUACCUACGUGCCAAUAGGUUUGUGGUUCUCAAAUUUUCACCAUAGAUAAAGUAUCAAAAUGUUUUUUCACUGGCCAUCUGUCUUACUUUGAAGUUCACAUGCUAUUUGAAUGAAAAACUGCACUUGUAUAAAGCUGUAGAGAAGUGCAUAUAUUCUUAAUAAAGAUUCUUUUCCUGCUAGCUGGAAGCAGUAGAUUUGUGUUUAUGAGUGUUAUAGAAAUUUGGUGAAAUGAUACUGUGUAUACUGGUUUUAUUGAAGUAUGUUCAUGAAGAAGUGGAAUAAGUUGCACAUAGUUUCUAAAUUCAGAACACAAGUAACAUUCUCUAUUAAACAGAUCUCAAAUUACACAAGUAUCUCAUAGCUGUCUUGAUAUUCCUUUUGAGCAAUAGUGACCUUGCAUUGUUGUACAUCAAACACCUUUAUAACAAUCCUC